GGGGGGGGUUAUCAAAUAGACUUUAUUUAAAGGUGGGUCAGCAGUUAACAUCAUCACAUCAAGAUCUCCUGCUCCCAUAAGCCUCCAAGAUGGGCUUCUGUUGCGGCUCCAAGGUUCCAGAGCUGCGGGUGGUGGUGAUUGGAAGCAUCGCAGCGAAUAAGAGCGAAGUCAUCCAACAGAUCGUUGAGUCCCAGACGCCUGACGAUCCCCAUGAGACCAAGGUCAGCGUUGGCUGCUGUACGGCCAAAGCCAGCGGUUGCCCUGUGAACAUUGAAGGAUGUGACAUGGUUCUGUUCGACCCGCCGGGUCUGUGUGACCCAAACUGCACUGAAGAUGUGAUGAAACAGAUCCAGAGGUGCGUCACCAAAUCCGCUCGCCACGUGUUCCUGUUCGUGCUGGAGAUCGGCCGGUACACCAGGGGACAGAGAAAGAUGGUGGAGAGCAUCAAGUCCACCUUUGGCGAGGGCGUGACGGAGAACAUGAUCAUCGUGUUCAAGGGGACGGUUCCGAAGCACGAGAGGCGGGACAUAAGGGAGGCCGUCGCCGAGGAGAAAGACCUCCUCUCCUUUUUCGUGGACUGCAACGAGAGGUUCCUGGAGUUCUACGAAGACGAACCCAAACAGUUUGCAGUCAGGAAAAUCAAGCUCCACAUCGACGACAUCAUCAAGGAGAGUCAGGGAACGUGUUACAGCCAUAAGAUGAUGAUGACGGCCCAGAGCCCAGCGGAGGGGAACGAGAAGCUUUCACUGCCGGUAAAGAUCUGUCUGCUGAUGGGAAUCUGGCUCGGAGCCGGAAUCGGCUUCUUUCUGUUUGGGAAAGACUUCCUUGAAGCAGGAGGCGUGUUUGGAGGAGGACUGGGAGGCAUAGCGGGAAUGGUCAGCUCUGCCAUGAGUAAACGCAUAAAGGAUCGUAUAUAACCAUCUGCACCAACAUGGCGCCCACCACACGGUCCUGGAAGAGACCUGCUGAGUCAGCGUUUGUAAUAAGUUAAACCUGUUUCUGCAGCAGCAUCCAGUUUGCUGUUAUAAUCCAUGUUUAUUAUUUUAUAUUAUCCAUGUAACUUCCAUAUGCUGUAAAUUCGCUUACGCGAACGCGUUUAUAUUUAGUAGAACUGAUCACUGCAACGGUGUUUUCACAGGUCUGCCUAAAAAGUGGACCAGACAUCUGCA